GUGGCGCUGGGAAUCGCAAAGGCAAAAGCAAGAAAUGGCGCCAGAUGCUGCAGUUCCCCCAUAUCAGCCAGUGUGAAGAGCUGCGCCUCAGCCUCGAGCGUGACUACCACAGCCUGUGUGAACGUCAGCCCAUUGGGCGUCUGUUAUUUCGUGAGUUCUGCGCCACGAGGCCUGAGCUGACUCGCUGUACUGCCUUCCUGGAUGGGGUGGCUGAGUAUGAAGUGACCCCUGAUGAGAAACGGAAGGCAUGUGGGCGGCGACUAAUGCAGAAUUUUCUGAGCCACACGGGUCCUGACCUCAUCCCUGAGGUUCCCCGACAGCUGGUGAGUAACUGUGCCCAGCAGCUAGAGCAGGGACCCUGCAAAGACCUCUUCCAGGAGCUGACCCGGCUGACCCAUGAGUACCUAAGCACGGCGCCUUUUGCUGACUACCUCGACAGCAUUUACUUCAACCGUUUUCUGCAGUGGAAGUGGCUGGAAAGGCAGCCAGUGACCAAAAACACCUUUAGGCAGUACCGAGUCCUGGGCAAAGGUGGCUUUGGGGAGGUGUGUGCCUGCCAGGUGCGGGCCACAGGCAAGAUGUAUGCAUGCAAGAAACUGGAAAAGAAACGGAUCAAGAAGCGGAAAGGGGAGGCCAUGGCGCUCAAUGAGAAGCAGAUCCUGGAAAAAGUGAACAGUAGGUUUGUAGUGAGCUUGGCCUACGCCUAUGAGACGAAGGAUGCACUGUGCCUGGUGCUGACACUGAUGAAUGGAGGGGACCUCAAGUUCCACAUCUACCACAUGGGCCAGGCUGGCUUCCCUGAAGCACGCGCUGUCUUCUAUGCUGCCGAGAUCUGCUGUGGCCUGGAGGACUUGCACCGGGAACGCAUUGUCUACAGGGACCUAAAGCCAGAGAAUAUCCUGUUGGAUGACCAUGGCCACAUCCGUAUCUCUGACUUGGGACUGGCUGUGCACGUGCCUGAGGGCCAGACCAUCAAAGGCCGUGUGGGCACUGUGGGCUACAUGGCUCCGGAGGUGGUAAAAAAUGAGCGGUACACAUUCAGUCCUGACUGGUGGGCGCUAGGCUGCCUCCUGUAUGAGAUGAUUGCAGGCCAGUCCCCCUUCCAGCAGAGGAAGAAGAAGAUCAAGAGGGAGGAAGUAGAGAGGCUGGUCAAGGAGGUGCCCGAGGAGUACUCAGAGCACUUUUCCCCACAGGCGCGCUCGCUCUGCUCUCAGCUUCUCAGCAAGGACCCUGCUGAGCGCCUGGGGUGCCGUGGAGGUGGUGCCCGCGAGGUAAAGGAGCACCCCCUUUUUAAGAGACUGAAUUUCAAGCGGCUGGGAGCUGGAAUGCUGGAACCGCCUUUUAAGCCUGAUCCCCAGGCUAUUUACUGCAAGGAUGUUCUGGACAUCGAACAGUUCUCUACAGUUAAAGGUGUGGAUCUGGAGCCCACCGAUCAAGACUUCUACCACAAGUUUGCCACGGGUAGUGUGUCCAUCCCCUGGCAGAAUGAGAUGGUGGAAACUGAGUGCUUCCAGGAACUAAAUGUCUUUGGGCUGGAUGGAUCAGUUCCCCCAGACCUGGACUGGAAGGGCCAGCCACCUGCACCCCCCAAGAAGGGAUUGUUGCAGAGGCUCUUCAGUCGCCAAGAUUGCUGUGGAAACUGCAGCGACAGUGAGGAAGAGCUCCCCACCCGCCUCUAGUCCCCAGGCAGAGGCCCCCACCGGUGGUUGGCGGUAGCAGCUACUCUCAGUGACGUUUACAGUUUUGCACAGUGGUGUUCCCCAUUGUCCACUCAAGCUGUGGCCUGGGGAACACAGCCGGAGCUGUCCCCAGUGUCCUCCAUCCCUCAACCCCUGGCCCAGCUGAGUUUGACAAGGCCUGGGUCAUCUUGGGACAAAGGUGCAUCCCUUCAGCUCUCCCCUGUGGAGCUCGCUCGGGGCUUUGUGUAUUUAUGUAUUUGUAUGGAUGUAUAUAGCUACCAGAGCGCUCUCAAUGCCACCCUGGGCCCGCACCACUUGAGCAGAGUAUGGGCCAGGUCAGACCUCUGACCCCAGCGUUGCACUGCUCACCACCAGCCUCCAAGUGAGACUUGUGCCUGCCUGUCGUGGACUUGGGCCAUCACCUCUGGUUGCCCAGUGCUGUCACCUUUUCUCAGCAUUUGUCAGAGCUGGAGAUGGGGGCAUUGUAUUCUCUAUGCCUGGACCAUAGUAUAACCACAGACUGAACUGACUGGGGCCCGUCAGACCACAAGAAGGGCCGCCUACCUGCCUUCCAGCUCCCAGAGCACAUUAUUCCUUAUACUGGGUCAUGUCCUAAAGAUACAUUUUUUCAGAAGUGCCCCAGCAUAGGCCAUAGGAGGGGUUAGAAUGACCCCUCCAACAUUCCAGAAUCCCUCAUAAAAGUAGACAUGUACCCAGCAAUGAUCCACCCUUCCUUGUGUGUGCCUGGUGGGGGUGGGGGGCUGGGUGUAUCAGUGUGUGAAGAGGGUAGGGUGAGGCUGUGCCUAAGCCAAGACCCUACCCUGGCCUGUCCCAGAUUCAUGGCCGUCCUGAUGCUAGUAUUCGGACAACAUGGGACCGUAGGGCCCUGGCUUUUCCAUAUUUAAAGCCAAUGUGAGCUGCCACACGUCUUGUGUGUGAAUACAGUCUGAGCACAAGCCUGGCCAGCCAUCGCUGCUUGCUUCUUUUUAAAAAUGA